AUGAUCCUAUGUGACCCGAACCCGCCGACGACGACAUUCCGAUCAAUCUCUGGAGCCUCAGUCAGCGCCAACACAUUCACCCCUCUCUCCACUUCUCUCUGCGAUCUCUAUCCGUACAGCGCCGGCUGCGACCGAGCGGCGAGGUUCGAGAGCUCGACCUCGUUCGCUUCCAUACCUCUGCAGCCGGUGCCCCGGAAGUCGUAUCAGGGAGUUGCGAGUUCGGGUCCGAUCGAGAGAGGGUUCUUAUCGGGCCCCAUAGAGCGAGGGUACUUAUCGGGUCCGAUUGAUCGUGGGCUGUAUUCGGGUCCGAUUGAGAAAGAGUGCGAGAGAUUAGAGAGAAGUCUCUCAUUUGGGAUUGAAACCAAACCCAAAAGAAGGGGCUUGAUGAAGAUUAUAAGAAGAGCGAUUUCAAGUGCUGUGAGUCGUGGGCAGAAAUCGAGUGUUGCGCCGGUGAAAGGAGGCAUAUCGGUCAAAGAAUCGGAUUCGGAGAAGAUGGGUGGUGGGAAUGCGACUCCGAGUAGCACUAAUUUGAGCAGCCAUGUGAGUUUGAGCAAUGAGAAUGAAGAUUGCAGUGGAGAUUACUCAAUGGGGAGCCAAAAUCUUCAUUGGGCGCAAGGGAAAGCGGGUGAGGAUCGAGUUCAUGUUGUGGUUUCAGAGGAGCAUGGCUGGGUUUUUGUAGGGAUUUAUGAUGGGUUUAAUGGCCCUGAUGCCCCUGAUUAUUUACUUUCUAAUCUUUACUCUGCUGUGCACAAGGAACUCAAGGGGUUGCUCUGGAAUGACAAGUUUGAAAUGGAAAUGGAAACCGAAUCAUCGGCAGUAAAAUCAUCGAAUUCGUACCUGGAUUCGGGUUCCUUAAAGGAAAUUGAUCGGUCCCAGAUGAGUAACCGGAUGGUUCAUGGGGAGAAUUAUGCAUUAGAAAAUGGGGAUAUUAAUGCAGAUGCUAAUUCAAAGAUAAAACAGAGCAAUGGGUUGGGAAAUAAGCUUGAGGAGACUCAGAGGCGGUGGAAGUGUGAAUGGGAUAGAGAAAGGCCAGAGCUUGAUAGGAAGCUAAAGGAGAAUUUGAAACGUCCAGUGUCAAAUGUUGUGGCGUCUGCUGAUCCUAAAGAUGUUCUUAAAGCUCUUUCAGAGGCCCUUAAAAAAACAGAGGAUGCAUUUUUGGAUAUUGCAGAUAAGAUGGUGACAGAGAAUCCUGAGUUGGCUCUGAUGGGUUCUUGUGUUUUGGUGAUGUUGAUGAAGGGAGAUGAUGUUUACUUGAUGAAUGUUGGGGAUAGUAGGGCGGUUUUAGCUCGGAAAGCCGAACCCAACAUGCGGCGGAACUUGGAAAGGAUUAGUGAAGAGCCUUCAGAUGAUCUUGAUUCAUCAAAUGCUGAUGAAAGUUACAGUUUGAAUAAUUUGACUGCACUUCAGCUCACAAUGGAUCACAGCACAUAUGUGAAAGAGGAAGUUCAAAGAAUAAAGAAUGAACAUCCUGAUGAUGCUUCUGCAAUAAUGAAUGACAGAGUGAAAGGUUAUUUGAAGGUCACUCGGGCCUUCGGAGCUGGCUUUCUCAAACAGCCAAAAUGGAAUGAUGCUUUGCUAGAGAUGUUUAGGCUCAACUACGUUGGAACUGCUCCCUACCUCACUUGUAUACCAUCAGUCUACCACCACAAACUCAGCCGCAGAGACAGACUCUUAAUAUUGUCUUCUGAUGGACUCUACCAAUACUUCACCAAUGAAGAAGCUGUCUCUGAAGUUGAGUUGUUCAUCUCUUCGUUUCCUGAAGGAGAUCCUGCACAACAUCUCAUUGAAGAAGUGUUGUUUCGAGCAGCAAAGAAAGCUGGAAUGGCCUUCCAUGAGUUGCUUGACAUUCCGCAAGGGGAACGCCGGCGGUACCAUGAUGACGUUUCGAUCAUUGUUAUAUCGUUGGAGGGAAGAAUAUGGCGAUCAUCCGUGUAAAUAAACAUUAAAACUGCAAAUAGAAAAAGUAAUUCACAGAAGGGUUGGAUAACUUUGCCAUACAUUGUUUCAUUUCUACCAUUUUCCCCCUUAACCUUUGUAAGCAUACCCAUUAGGCUCCACCAGAGACAGCUGAUUUCCAUGUCAAAGUUUGGAGUUCUUGUUUUGGCACAUAUGUAAUUACAAAAUAGUAACCCUUUUGCUUC